UUUAUUUAAAAAAAAAAAUAGCAAUAGGGGUGGUCAAGUCUGUUUUAUUUUACAUUUAUCGUGUCAUUUACGUAUCUGAAUGUUGCCUUUUCAGUAACUAAUAAAAUGUUGCGACGCAACAGUACUGUGGUUUCUGAUCACGAUAGUGAUUCGGACACAGACAGCAUAGAAGAGGUACAAAUAACGAAAUAUUUUCAAAAAGGAUUAUUAGAGGGUAUUCAACAGGCAAAGGCUCAACAAAGCGCCCACACAGGAAUCAGACGUCAGCGUGGAUUUUAUCAUCUCAGAGAUUGCAAACAUGCACUGCUGGAAGAGAAGUCUAGAGCAUACACCGGUCGUCAUUAUGACGUCGAUGUCAAUCACAGUCUACAGAGAGCAACACACAGACUCACAAAGCAUUUCAUUGAUCAUGAAGUAAACAGAGAACAGGCAAGACGCAUUUACUUUCAGGACAAAAUUCAAAAAGAUGCCCAGGGAGUUCUUUCUGCGUUGAACAAAGAGUUCAAAUCCAGUCUGAAUACCAGUACUGAAAAAGAACUUGCCGAGAUACACGCUACAAAACAUAAACAGGAAUUGAUGAAAGAUGCUCUACAAAUAGAGAUGAUGAGGAAAUAUAAUACCAAAGCAAUGAAUGCGGAAAUGGAAAAUGAACGCCUACGUCAAAUAGAAUUAUUUAAAACCAUGAAAAGUGAUGCUGAAAAGUCGGUCAGCGUGGAAGAUCUAAUGGAGGCACUGACGGAGACUAAUCAAAAGAAGUCGUUCGUUCAUAGAGAUAUAGUGGAGGGGUUUUCAAAAUACCAGGAGGACGAGGAGGACCUAGAAGACGAAUAUCAGAAAGCCAUGCAUGAAGUGAUGGACGAGACGCUAACAGGACUUGUUUUUAAGUUCAAAAGACCAGAACAUCGUCAUAUGGAGGAGGAGGAAAAACAAAGGCGCAUGGAGGAAAUGGCAAAGGCUACUUGCGACGAGAAUAUGCAAAUUUCACUGGGCAAGUUCGACGGCGUGAUGGAAGACUUAAAAGAAGCUUUUUCUCGAGUCCAGAAACAAGAAGAAGAAAUCGAAUCAGAGAUAAAGCAUGAAACCGAGGAGAAGAAAGAGGAUUUGUUGAGUGAACUUAGAAGAGAUUUUGGAAAGAAAUAUGCCGAAAAGGCAUGCGCUCAAGAAAAGAGUCGUCGCAUCAAGGAAGCCGAAGAGAUGAUUCACCAUGAACCUGACCCCCAAAUUGAAAAGGUUAAAAAAGAUAUGGUCAGGAUUCAGCGACAAAUGAUACUACAAAAAUUUGGCGGCAAGUGGAUAAAUAUGCAACGUGAAUCAACAUCCAAGAAAACCGAGCCUGAGACAGAGUAUGAUAAAAAGAUUCGUCAAAUAAGGACUACACUGAGACGCGAUACGGGUGUUCUAAAAGAUGAUGAAUAGUUCCCACUGUUAAUCAGAGAAUAUUUUAAUUAAUUUCCAUAGUAAAUAUAUUUACCAUACUCUUUUAUUUUGCGCCUCACUUGUUGAAAGGGCAAACGUGGGUAGCUCGAGAUGGGAAGGGCAUGACGUAAAUUAUGUUAUGCAUUACGCCUUUCCCUCCCCUCGUUGAAAGACGAUUUAAUAACACCACCACCACCAGCAACAUUUGUUGGCAUAUUCAGACGCCUUCGUUAAUAAUUAAACCAUCAGCCUCAGUAUAAGAAUGGUCUUUUGGACAACCAUACAAAUGUAUACCUGUUUCUCUCUAAAAGUUUACGAUUCAUCAUUUAUAUUGGCAUUCUAAAUCGUUUAUCCUCGUUUCAUAGGUGUAGCCAACAUUCAAAUAUUCACCCAAUCUAGCUCACUCAGAGUGCGAUCACUACAGCUCUCAGAUUUCUGUCUCUGAAAAGGGUAUGAGGAAUGCCCACUCCCCCAACCCCCCACACACACAUUUCUUAAAUAAGAAAAGUGUUUAAACCUCAUCAGUACACCGAUCAGGGUACAUGCGGACCUCAGGGAUAUAUUAUUUGUGAUAUUUUCUAAUUUGUCAGUUAUUGUUGACUGUUUUUAUGUACUGGUAGUUGUCACAUACACACAUCAUCACCAGGACUAAAAAUUAUUUGAUUCCGAUCCGUAUAUGGAAUUUUCGAUUGGGGCCCGUACACGGACUUCAAGCCGACUGAAUGUAGAACGUAGUAGUAUAUGUCGUCAUAAUGUUCCAAAGUAUUAUCUCAAUGUCAUUUUUAUCUAUGCAUUUGUAUACCAAUCGUUGUGACUGAAAUAUGGCACGACAUUGCUAUUUAGUAUUCUGUGGUUCUGUUCGACCCAGUCGGUCCAAUGAGGGGAAAACGUAAAAUUCUGGAACUGGUAACUGUGCUACUGAUGGGAACUAAAGAAGGAUCGACGCAUGUGUUUUUUCUCAAGUCAAACUAUAUUGUCAAACUGCAAGAAGUCGAUGGGGGUCAUGUUAGCUUAGAUCGUUGGAUAGAAAUCCUGAAUCGGUUUGUAUGUGGACGCGGGGCAAAUACGUACGUUUUAUAGAAUCACUGGCUUGUCCUCCGUCAAAGUCAAAACCGUACACCCUCCCCUUACACUGUGAAUUCCUGUGCACAUCUAUAAUUUGAACUCACUACAAUGUCUGAUAGGUUUUGAUAAAAAUAAACUCCAAACAUUAAUGGUAUUAAUUAAGUCUUUGAAAACAAUCAAUUGAUCAUGUGUUGCUUUAAUAUUGUUAAGAAUGCCCUUAGAUGCUGUGCGUGUAUGUUGGGGUGGGGGAAUAGUGGUGGUAAUUUUCGUUUGUUUAAUGUUGUUGUUGUUUUAGUGUUGUUGUUUUGUUAUUUAUCAUAUUUUUUUUCUAUUGUUUUCGUGUUUUUUUUAUUUAGUGUGUGUGUGCGUGCGUGUGUGUGUGUGUGUGUGUGUGUGGGACGGGAACUAGCUCAGUCGUGGAGCAUUCGCCCGAGUUGCUUCGGUCGAAUGACCCCUCUGUGGACCCAUUCUCUAUUUUCCCCAGUCCCAACCAGUCCCCCACGACUGGUAUAUCAAAGGCCAUGGUAUGCGCUGUUCUGUCUGUGGGAAAGUGCCUAUAAAAUACCCCUUCAAGUAGCCCGUGAGUCCUUUAGCCCUCCCCUGUUUAUAUGUUGUCGACAUAUAAACAGGGAAGGGCUACAGAACACACAAGCUACCCUUCAAGAUGCUAAUGGAAAACUGUAGCGGGUUUCCUCUGAAGACAACGUGUUACAGUUACAAAUGUUAGACAGAUCUCCAUUAGCAGAUAAAUAACAUGUUUUAGUGGUGUCGUUAAACAAAAUAAAUAUUUUUGUAUACUAAAAGUUCAGACGUGUCCGCUCCUUGUGAUUACAGAUAUCAGUCCGAAUCAUUGUCACGAGAAAAAAUCUAAUGGAUCAUCUAUGUAGUUGAUAUUGAGAAAAUACAUGAGAUUGUACCUUUUAAUAGCCAUAACAUUAAUUAUAGUGCAUUCUUCAGUUUGUAAAUUUUACGGGAUGGAUAGUAACUAAAAAAGUAGUGUCGGAAAUAGAAUAUAAAUGAUUUUCGUCAAUUAUUUCUUUCAUAUUAAACUGACACGUAAAUAUUUUGCAAAUACCUAUUUAAUGAUACUCUACCUACUUUAGCAUUUACU